AGCCGCUCCCGCGGGCGCACCGGCAGCCCCGGCUCCGCAGGUGCCUCCCGACCGGCACCGGCACCGCACGGACCUGCUCGGCUGGGCUCGGCACGGAGUGGAACGGCUCGACUCGGCACGGAGUGGAGAGGAACGACUCGGCUCGACUCGGAGUGGCUGCCGCGGGACGGGCCGGCGCGGCCGCACUAAGAUGAGCCAUGAGCGGAGCGGCCCCGGUCCGCACCGGCCGCUCCGCCUGAGCCCCGGGCAGCAGAAGCCCGCUCCCCCGCUGUCCCUGGGGCCGUAGGGCCGCCCCGGCCCCGCGCCCUCCCCAACGAUGCCCCAUCUCUGGCAGGCUCUCCGCGGCGUGCUCUGGGAAUAUUGGGCAGCGCUACUGGUCGGCGGCUUCUGGGGCCAGUGCUCGCACGGGAUGCCGCAUGUCAUCCGGAUCGGAGGGAUCUUUGAGUAUGCAGAUGGCCCCAACACCCAGGUGAUGAGUGCUGAGGAGCAAGCCUUCAGGUUUUCUGCCAACAUUAUUAACAGAAACAGAACUCUGCUGCCCAACACGACGCUGACCUACGACAUCCAGAGGAUACACUUCCACGACAGCUUCGAAGCCACUAAGAAAGCCUGCGACCAGCUCGCUCUGGGGGUGGUAGCAAUAUUUGGACCUUCCCAAGGUUCCUGUACCAACGCUGUCCAGUCCAUCUGCAAUGCCCUGGAAGUCCCUCACAUACAGCUUCGGUGGAAGCAUCACCCUUUGGAUAACAAGGACACUUUCUAUGUCAACCUCUACCCUGACUAUGCCUCCCUUAGCCAUGCCAUUCUGGACCUCGUGCAGUACUUGAAGUGGAGGUCAGCCACUGUGGUUUACGACGACAGCACAGGCCUCAUCCGGCUGCAAGAGCUGAUCAUGGCCCCCUCGAGGUACAACAUCCGCCUGAAGAUCCGGCAGCUGCCGCUGGACACCGACGACGCGCGGCCGCUGCUGAAGGAGAUGAAGCGGGGCAGGGAAUUCCGCAUCAUCUUCGACUGCAGCCACCUGAUGGCAGCUCAGAUCCUCAAGCAGGCCAUGGCAAUGGGAAUGAUGACAGAAUACUACCACUUCAUCUUCACCACUCUGGAUCUUUAUGCAUUAGACCUAGAACCAUAUCGCUACUCUGGAGUGAACCUGACUGGCUUCCGGAUCCUCAACGUGGAGAACCCCCACGUGUCCUCCAUCGUCGAGAAGUGGUCCAUGGAGAGGCUGCAGUCGGCGCCCAAGGCGGAGCUGGGGCUGCUCGAUGGUGUGAUGAUGACAGACGCUGCCCUCUUGUACGACGCGGUGCAUGUGGUGUCCGUCUGCUACCAGCGCGCCCCGCAGAUGACAGUCAACUCCCUGCAGUGUCACCGCCACAAGGCCUGGAGGUUCGGUGGCCGCUUCAUGAAUUUCAUCAAAGAGGCCCAAUGGGAGGGAUUAACAGGACGGAUUGUCUUUAACAAAACCAGUGGCUUGCGGACAGACUUCGAUUUGGACAUCAUCAGCCUCAAAGAAGAUGGGCUGGAGAAGGUUGGAGCUUGGAGCCCUUCAGAUGGUUUGAACAUCACCGAAAUCUCCAAAGGACGAGGGCCCAACGUCACCGACUCGCUGAGCAACAGAUCCCUCAUUGUCACCACUGUCCUGGAAGAGCCCUUCGUCAUGUUCCGUAAGUCAGACACAGCCCUGUUUGGGAACGACCGCUUUGAGGGCUACUGCAUCGACCUGCUGAAGGAGCUGGCCAUCAUCCUGGGCUUCACCUACGAGAUCCGCCUGGUGGAGGACGGCAAAUACGGCGCCCAGGAUGAGAAGGGGCAGUGGAAUGGCAUGAUCAAGGAGCUCAUCGACCACAAAGCUGACCUGGCCGUGGCUCCUCUCACCAUCACCCACGUGCGGGAGAAAGCCAUCGACUUCUCCAAGCCCUUCAUGACCCUGGGGGUCAGCAUCCUCUAUCGGAAGCCCAACGGGACCAACCCCAGCGUGUUCUCCUUCCUCAACCCCCUGUCUCCUGACAUCUGGAUGUACAUCCUCCUGGCCUACCUGGGGGUCAGCUGCGUGCUGUUUGUCAUAGCCAGGUUCAGCCCCUACGAGUGGUACGAUGCCCACCCCUGCAACCCAGGCUCGGACAUUGUGGAGAACAACUUCACUCUGCUGAACAGCUUCUGGUUUGGGAUGGGAGCACUGAUGCAGCAAGGCUCCGAGCUGAUGCCCAAGGCGCUGUCCACACGGAUCAUCGGCGGCAUAUGGUGGUUCUUCACCCUCAUUAUCAUCUCGUCCUACACGGCCAACCUUGCUGCCUUCCUGACGGUGGAGAGGAUGGAGUCCCCCAUCGACUCGGCAGAUGACUUGGCAAAGCAGACCAAGAUAGAGUACGGGGCAGUGAAGGAUGGAGCUACCAUGACCUUCUUCAAGAAAUCCAAAAUUUCCACCUUUGAAAAAAUGUGGGCUUUCAUGAGCAGCAAACCCACUGCCCUGGUCAAGAACAACGAGGAAGGCAUCCAGAGAACCCUCACAGCUGACUACGCCCUGCUGAUGGAGUCAACCACCAUCGAGUACAUCACCCAGAGGAACUGCAACCUGACACAGAUUGGGGGUCUCAUCGACACCAAAGGCUAUGGGAUUGGGACUCCCAUGGGGUCACCAUACAGGGACAAGAUCACCAUUGCCAUCCUGCAGCUGCAGGAGGAGGACAAGCUGCACGUAAUGAAGGAGAAGUGGUGGCGGGGGAAUGGCUGCCCUGAGGAUGAGAACAAGGAGGCCAGUGCUCUGGGCAUCCAGAACAUUGGUGGCAUCUUCAUCGUCCUGGCAGCAGGCCUGGUGCUCUCUGUCUUCGUGGCCAUGGUGGAGUUCAUCUACAAGCUGCGCAAGACGGCGGAGCGUGAGCAGCGCUCCUUCUGCAGCGCCAUGGCCGAUGAGAUCCGACUGUCGCUCACCUGCCAGCGCCGGGUCAAGCACAAGCCGCAGCCUCCCGUCAUGGUGAAGACAGACGCCGUGAUCAACAUGCACACCUUCAACGACCGCCGCCUGCCAGGCAAGGACAACAUGACCUGCAACACCGGAUUGACACCCGUCUUUCCCUAGGGAAUGGGAACGGAGGAGGGCGGGAGGGAAGGAGCUGCGGCAGACGAGGCUGGAUGCGCUCUGAACUAGGGAAGAAAGGAUUGGAAGUGAUGAGGAUAACAACAAACACCCCAAACAGACAGGAAAACAACCAAGCAACCCAAACAAGCCUGGUUUGGUUCAUCUAGAGAACAAGACCUUUGCCACGCAGCUGCAUCCAUCACCGGCAUGGAAGGCAGAAGAACUUCAAAGCAGGGACUGCAACGUGGGGCUUGGGGCUUUUUGGGGUUGUUUUGGGGCUUUUUAGGUCUUUUUUUUCUCUUCUUUUUUUUUUUUUCCUUCUUUGUUUUUCCUUUUUCCCUCCUUUUUUCUUUUUUUUUUUUCCUCUUUUUUUUCUCUUUUUUUUCCUCCUCCUCUUCUUUUUUUUUCUCUUCUCUUUUUUUUCCUCUUCUCUUCCUCCUUUUUUCUUUUUUCCCCUCUCUUUUUUCUUUUUUUUCUCCUCUUUUUUUUCCUCUUCUCUUUUUUCCUCUUCUUUUUUUCUCUUAUUUUUUUUGUCCUCUACUUUUUUUUCUCUCUUCCUCCUCUCUUUUUUUCUCUUCUCUUUUUUUCCCUCUUCUAUUCCUCCUUUUUUCUCUUUUUCCACUCUUUUUUCUUUUUUUUCUCCCCUUUUUUCCCCUCUUCUCUUUUUUUUCCUCUUCUUUUUUUUUCUCUUCUCUUUUUUUUUUCUCUCCUCUCAUUUUUUUUCUCCUCUACUAUUUUUUUUCCUUCAAUGCUUAGAUCCUACAGGCUUCAUGGAGUCCAAAUGACACCACCCAGGAGUCUGAUGUUUACAUACUGAAAACACACAGAGGUGAAACAGGAUUGAGCCAAACCAGCCCUGGGCAGGUAAAGAGGAGCCCACCCCCGAGCCAGGUUCUAUAGUAUGGCAAUAAACAGGAACCCUCUGCCAGGUGCAGCCUGGCACAAGCAGCCACCUGUGCCAGCGUCUUCUCCACGCUGGUAGACACAGCACAUAGGACAUGAUGCCCAGGAAGGGGAAAGGUGAAGCACCUGACAGCCACAGCUUUGCCUUCUCUGGAAGCAGCUCAUGGUGGCACUUCACAGCUGUGCUGGCCGUGGACAUCUGCAGCUGGAAGCCCAAAUGGGAUAUACAGUGGGAGAAAUCAACACACCAUCAGCAGACCCUCAGCAGCUGACCAUGAAGGGCCAAAUAAGGCUGAAUGCAGCCAAACUCCAGUGUGGUGUGCACAGGAGCUGCUGCCAUCUCCAAGUGACAGCACCCCCACACUUGUGCACAACUCCAGCCCAUGUCAGCGUGACACAGUGACCUCUAGGUCCUCAGCUCCUCCAGUCUCUCCACAAAGCUCAGUGUCUCCUGCAGAGAGGUGUGGGAAGGGGCUGAGCCUGCAGGUUUCAGCAGUGCCAGGAGGUGCCAAGAGCGGAGCAGUACCCACGUCCAUGGAGCUCAGCAGUGCUGAGCUGCAGCUCUGCUGCCUUCACACUCAGGCCAGGAGAGCACUGAUGUCUGGAAGAGGACUAAAUGCUCUCCGUGGCAAGUCAAAGGCCCAGCCUGCAGGGCCAGGGCUGACCUGGGAUAAGCAGCACUAUGUGAGCCAACCCUGGCACCACUCUGGCUCUGCCCCUGCCCCAGCAGCAUUUCCAGGUGAUUUAAGCAAACACUGAAAUGGUCUUAAGAAAACUCCCAGGACCUGCUCUGAUUUUCAAGUUGCUUAACCCAGAAGGCUGCUCCUGCAGAUGAAUUCCAUCAGAAUUACCAAAGACCCCUCUGCUGACCUAAGGCAAGGCUUGGGUGAUGCCACCCAGCUCCAUCCCUCCACAGGAACCACACGAGUGGCCGGUGGGACACUGCAAAUUAAUUUGCCAACUGAACCAAACAGCUCUGCCCAUCGGAACCCAGCACAUCCCCCAGAGCCUGCAAAGGUGCUGAAAGCUGUGAUUUAAACACUGGUGGGGAAGAAAAGAGCAAACACCUUCCCCUAUGCUUGGCAAGUGUGACAGUGACCACCACUCACCCCUGCUCUAGAGGGCAGGCAGAGUCAUGUGGCUGUGUCCUCUGUGUCCUGAGCAAAGUGCCACAGCCACUGCAGGAACCUACAGCUGAAGUGACCCAGUUUGCCCUCCCCUUGCUGCAAAGCCUCUCUGGAAACUUUGCCCUCGCCCAAAGGAACAAACCUGUUUGGAGCUGCUCUGGGAUUGCUUUUUUUUCUUUUCCCCACCUGUUCCAUCUCCAGGCUCAGCUCUGGAGCUGAUCACAAUUAGCAAAUCAGCUCAAGGGGAGAGCUGCUCCUCCCCUCCUCACCACAGAUCCUAAUUUGUCCUUUGGGGGGUUUGUCUGGUUUUGGUUUUUUUAUUUUCCUCCCUGAUGUUAAAGAAGCAACAAAAAGUGACCCAAAACAAAGCAGGAGUGUGUCAGAUUUUGACUCAAGUAAAGGUUUGCAAAGCACUGAGGUUUGUUUUCAUGGAAACCAUGGCAAAUUAGGAUUGGGAGAUGCCAAUGGGCAUUGCCAUCCAAAGAGAUGCUGACCAAGUCCCCUGCAGCAGAGGCUGGAAGCACUGCUCUGCUUCCCACAGGGAAGAACAUUCUGUGUCUCUUUGCUGAUCCUUAGGCUGCUGUGAGUAGUGGAUUUUUAUGUUUUCCUUGUAGGUUUCUGAGCUCUUUGAAAGAGGUUUUCACAAUUAAGGCAGAGAAAAACAAAGCCUGAGCCUGGGCUCUCAGUGUUCAGAGAGUAAAACCCCCCCAGAAACCAGAACUCAUUUUGUUUCUUGGCAGCUUUUAAAUAAAUAAAUAACUCUGACUAAUAUCCCAAACCCCAUUUAUUCAUCUUUGACACCAGUUUGAUUUGAUUUUACUCACAAACAUCCCCGAGUGACAGGUGAGUGUCUGGAAUUAACUGGUGCUAUCUGCCAGCAGAGCAAAGCCUGCAGAGUAACCCUUUCCUUUCUCUUUCUCUCUCUCUCCACUGCCCAUAAAUCAGCAGCUCAUGCAUCUGCAGCCUGAGGUUAUGUCUCAACCCUCAUCAUUAAAACGUUGGAAGGGUCUGUGCUGCUCAGAGCAAGGCAGGAGCUUUGGGAACUGCCUGGGCCCCAGCACUGGGGACCUCUGGCUCCUGCCCAGUGAAGGGAGGGGAGCUGGGAUUGAUUCUCACCUCAGCCCUCCUGCUGUAUGCCAGAGGCAACUCGACCAGCACGAAUUCCACCUGUUGCUACUCUCCUCAGCAGAUCCCAGGGUCUUUCUGCCAUCCACAUCUUCCCUCGGAACCCUUUGCCCUCAUCCCAGAGAGCCAGGAGCUGGACAGGGUUUGACUGCAGAGCAGCAAGACCCCAGACUGGCACUGCUGUGCUGGGAGACCUGAGGAGGGACAGACCUGCUGGCCAAGCCUCUAAGCCUUCUGUGAGCUGUUCUGGAACCUGUUUGAGACCAUCCAUGGCUGACACCUGAGAAAUUAUUUGACUCCCAACUUUGUUUCAGUUGCUUCCUCUCUUGGUGGGCAGAGGGACUGAAAAUGAGCCGAGGAGAUAAAGCAAGCAGAGGUUUGCACUGUCAAACUGCCUCCAAGCUGCAUCACCUUGGUUCUCUGUCCCUUUAGCUUUUUCCUUCCAGCUCUCCCAUGAGACAGAGCAAGGCCACAGGGGAGGCUUUGUUUGGGGUGGCUUCUGUUUGGAGUUGACCACAGAGUGUGUAAAGUCUGCUGCCAAGGUGAUGGAUCCACAAAGAGCUGGAAGAUGCAGCAAGGAGCCAGCUUCAGCCCCUGAGCAACCUCUGCUCCACCACCUUGUUGAGUCUGCUCUUGAGGGUGAUGGAUCCACAAACAGCUGGAAGAUGCAGCAGGGAAGCAGCUCCAGCCCCUGGACAACCUCUGCUCCCUCACCUUGAUGAGUCUACUGUUGAGGGUGAUGGAUCCACAAAGAGUUGGAACACACAGAAGGGAACCAGCUCCAGCCCCUGGGCAACCCCUGCUCCACCACCUUGAUGAGUCUGCUGUCAAGGUGAUGGAUCCACAAAGAGCUGGAAGAUGCAGCAAGGAGCCAGCUCCAGCCCCUGGGCAACCUCUGCUCCCCCGCCUUGAUGAGUCUGCUGUUGAGGGUGAUGAAUUCACAAAGAGCUGGAAGACACAGCAGGGAACCAGCUCCAGCCCCUGGGCAACCUCUGCUCCCCCACCUUGAUGAGUCUGCUGUUGAGGGUGAUGGAUCCACAAAGAGCUGGAAGAUGCAGCAGGGAACCAGCUCCAUCCUCUGAGCAACCUUGAUGGGUGCUCCUGUGGCAUGGGAUCAGCCAUGGGCCCAGCACUGGUGGUGAUCUCUGGAGAGAUCACCUCAAAAAGGACUCUGUAGAUCCUGGCACUGUGCACCCAGCGUGGCCAAACCUUGCAGAGCUCCCUUAGACCCAGCAACCGCAGGGAGCUGCAGCACAGCCCUGCGUGGGCAUCGGUACCACGAGCCCCCUGCUCUCUGUACCUUCCUUUGCCAUGGAACAAAAACCCACAACCAAACCAACCAACCAAAAGAGACAAAAUAAAAGGACAAAAGUAGGGGGUGGGGAAAGAAGUAAAAAGGAGGAAAAAUAGAAAAAGGAGGGGAAAGGAAAACCAAAAGGAAAAAUUUGGUCUCUGUGACAUUCAGGGGAUUUUUCCUUUGUGGACCUGCAGAAUUUCUAUGACUUAGAGUUUGGGUGGGGGGGGGUGAGGGGGGGGGGUUGGGUUUUGGCUUUUUUUUGGUUUUGUUUUUUUUUUUGUAAGCAUUUUGUAACAAUUUUGGUUUCAUAGUAACUGUGUUACUUGCUGCUCAUUCUAGGGCCGAGGUAAAGAAACUUUCCAACAAAACCAACAAAAGGAAAAAAAAAAAAAGGAACAAAAAAGAAAAAAAAUAAAAAUAAGAAGGAAAAAAAAAAGAGAGAGAGAGAGAGAGAGGGAGGGGGGAGGAAAAAAAAAAUUCUGAUGCUUAUUUUCCUUUUUAAGACACUGUGAAAUAUCAGAGUGCACAGUUUGCUGUAUGAAGUAAUAUGGUUUUAAAAUUUUCAAUAAAAGCCCUUUCUAGAAAACAAAAGCA